GGCCGUCUUUCCCGACCGGACCGGCUCAGUUUCUUCUUCGACGUCCUGAUCCUUCCUGGUUUCCAGCGCUUCCGAGCACGGCGCCAUGGCUUCCUCUGCCUCCGGGAGGGCAGGACGAGGGCUCCCCUCGCCUGCGGCAGCGGCGGCUGCGGUGCUGCUAGUACUAGCUGGAGCGGCCCCGGCGGCGGGCUGCUACCCGCGCGUGUUCAGCUUCGGGGACUCGCUGGCGGACACGGGCAACUACGCCUUCGUCUACGGCAACGACUCCGGCGAUCCCGCGCUCCGGCUGCCCUACGGCGAGACCUUCUUCCACCGCCCCACCGGGCGCUUCUCCAAUGGCCGCAUCGUCCUCGACUUCAUCGCGGAAACGCUGGGUCUCCCGUUCGUGCCGCCGUACCUGAGCGGGCGGAGCGCGGUGGACUUCGCCUGCGGGGCCAACUUCGCCGUCGGCGGCGCCACGGCGCUCAGCCCGGACUUCUUCCGGGACAGGGGUUUCGACGACAUGGGCGACCGAGUGCACCUCGACAUGGAGAUGAAGUGGUUCCGCGAGCUGCUCGACCGCCUCUGCCCCGGCAACCUCGCCGGUUGCGCAGAUAUGAUGAACCAAUCUCUCUUCUUGGUUGGGGAAAUCGGGGGCAAUGACUACAACAUCCCUCUUCUUUCUAAAGUGCCCUUCAAGAAGAUCCGCUCUUUUGUUCCGAGUGUUGUUGCCAAAAUCUCAUCCACGAUCACUGAAUUGAUUAGGCUAGGAGCCAAGACUCUUGUGGUUCCCGGGAACCUCCCAAUUGGGUGUAUCCCAAAAUAUCUGAUGGUAUUUAAGAGCGAUAAGGAAGAAGAUUAUGAACCAAAGACAGGUUGCCUUAGGUGGAUGAACAAGUUCUCACGGUACCACAACCAACUUCUUAUGAAGGAGAUUAAGAAGCUUCGCAAGCUCCAUGCUGGAGUAACCAUCAUCUAUGCUGAUAACUAUGGAGCUGCUAUGGAGAUUUUCCUUUCCCCUGAACAAUAUGGGAUCGAAGAUCCACUCGUGGCUUGCUGUGGUGGAGGUGGACGGUACGGUGUCUCCCCAACUACAAGCUGUGGAUCCGGAGAAUAUACGGUGUGCAGUAACCCUGAAAAGUAUGCCUCAUGGGAUGGCUUCCAUCCAUCAGAAGCUGCGUACAGGGCAAUUGCAAUGGGUCUUCUACGAGGUUCAUACACACAGCCGUCAAUUGCUUCCAUCACCAGUUCAUGUCCACAGCUUGCGGAGCUGGGAUCUUCUGUUGAAUCCAAGCCCCUCUAUGACCUGUAAUGAUUGUGUAACUACAUUUAUUUUUACUACUUGAAAAGGUCAAAUAUUAUUAGUUUGGACUAAUGAUUAGUCAAAUUACAUAUACGUUAAAUGUAAAAAUUAUGUCAAUAGUUCAUGUUUCGAAAUGUUCUUAAUAUGUCAUUGAACUGGUGGAGAAUUACAAUAUUUUCUAAGAUGAAUGAAUGGCCAAUACAUACUUUUGAACA